GUUGAUGCGCUAACAGAAAGUAACGAUUUGACAGUGAUAAGAGCGCAAUUGUCUUCUGACGAGUUGGUCAACAACCAGGACAUAGAGCAUACAGAGUCGUUGAUUGAAGAAAGUAGACUGCAGAAAGAAUAUGAGUCGUCGUUAACGAAAUUUGACCUCUGGGAUAUAAUAAAAAAGGGUUCUAUCAAUUUGGUGUUACCUUUUAUUAAUGGGAUGAUGUUGGGGUUCGGCGAGAUAUUGGCACACGAGAUUGGCUUUCGUUACAACUGGGUUGGGGCCAGGGUGCAGCCGGUCAGAAGAUUAGAACAGAGACAGAAGAGAGAGUCCAAGUUCUUGUAG